AUGGUCAUGGCCAAAGCCCGGAUCGGACAUUUUGUCAAAGCACACAUCUUGCAAGCCAUCGGAGUCAAUUAUAUUGAUGAAUCCAAAUUCCUCACUCCAGCCAACCCUGAGCACCACAUCAACAAACAUGCCUCCAAAGUCCCAUUUGUCUGUGGAGCCAAGAACCUCGGAGAAGCCCUGCGAAGAAUCUCAGAGGGUGCCGCAAUGAUCCAAACUAAAGGUGAGGCCGGAACAGGAAACGUGAUUGAAUCUUUCCGUGUGCUCAAUUCCCCCUUUGAAAAGGUCAAAGAGACCAACUCAGGCGUCAUCUGA